GGGUCUGCACCACCAAAGCGACAUAUUCAUGUCAUAGUCGAGCCACCGGUGCCAACCGCCACUUCGGGCCGUGAGCAGGAAUUGCUUGACCAACUCGCUUGUUGCGAGCACAGCUCAAUAAGUCUGUUCAUGAUCACGGCGAAACUACAAAAAAUCAACGAUCUCGACCGCAAUAUAAGCCUAGUGGGCUAUGAAGUUCGCGACAUCAAAAAUGGUGUUGGCGGUCGCGACUGUAAUUCCGGCUCUCGACGGUCCGGGUCACCCCAAGAUUAUACCGGCGAUGUUCAAACUCUCUGGCAAGAUUUCAAAGACAAACGUCGGCUCGAAAGACGCACCGGGUCAUCAAUGUAUUCCAAAAUAUCAGAAGAGAUUAGAGAGUUGAGGGAACGCCUUGGAGACGCCAUUAUAAGGAAAUUCCACAAGCGUCUUACUAGCAAUCUGACGUAA